AUGAGCUCGCAGCGCUAUCAACGGGUGAAUGCCCAAGAUGAAGACGACGAAUCGCAUUCCUAUCCGUUGAAUCCUGCACAACCAAACCACUCAUCCUCCUCUCCGCCUCCCUCUUUCCAUUCCCGUUCAUCGUCGCCAUCGUCCCGGCGGUUACUGCACGGCGACUCGCGCCGCAAUGAAGACCAGACCCUAGCCGACGCCUUUGGGGAUGGAGAUGAAUCCGACGACGAUAAUGAGCCUGAUGACAGGCAGCGCUUGAUGCGAGCUGACCCGGAUUUCCGGACUGCCGCCGACAAUGGCCAGACCGCCACUGCAUCGUCAUCGGACUCCCGGAUCGAAAACUAUAGUCAAAGUCAAGGCCCCGGCACCCCCAGGCGGCCGACAAUACUGCCGAGUUUUACGACGACGCCAUCCGGGGGGAGUCGGGCGACCCCUGCAUCCAACGAUGGAGUCUUCGCCAAUCUCGCGGCUAAGCCCUCGCGCGGCGAGAAGAACGAGGACCUUCCUCCGUCCUACGAAGAAGCCGCUGCUGAUGCGACGCCACCGUAUUGGGAGACUACUAUCCUGGCGCCUGGCAUUUCGUCAGAUGAAGUUUAUAUUGACGGGCUGCCUGUCGGGUCCUUCUUCUCGUUUGUGUGGAACGCCAUGAUCUCGAUGUCGUUCCAGCUGGUCGGAUUCCUACUCACCUACCUCCUGCACACUACCCACGCUGCGAAGAACGGCAGCCGAGCGGGCCUCGGUCUCACCUUAGUCCAAUACGGCUUCUAUAUGAAGGGUGGUAGCGACCCUACGGGCUCCGAUGGGGGUGCAGAGAACUACACUCCGCCGCCUGAUCCUAACAGCCACAAUUUUGAUCCUAAUAACGUCGGGGACGGCUCAAGCACAGGCGGCGGCGGCGGGAUUUCGGCCAUCGGUACUAGCGAGUGGAUUUCAUAUGUUCUCAUGAUCGUCGGAUGGUUUAUCCUGAUCCGCGCUGUCAGCGACUUCCUGCGGGCACGACGCCACGAGCAACUGGUACUACAAAGCCCGGAUCGCGGGUUGGGUGUGCCGGUCAUUGCAGAGGGCGAACGGUCCGAGACGGUCGUUUGA